AUGGAAAACGCUAAUUUUAGUGAUAAAGUUGAAGUUUACUUUUCGGAACUUGGGCGAUGGCAAGUUUCAUUUUUAAUGAAAGUUUGGCGGAGUAUAAUAUUGGGUCAGUUAUUGUCGUUAUUAUUAAGCGGCAAAUGUAUACUAACAACUCUGCUUCAAAGUGCUACAUGGCAAUUUCCUACCACUGCUCAACUUGUUAUUCCAUACAUAUUAUUAUUCAUUUUAUUUACACCUUCUUUACUUUGCACUGACAUGAAGAAAUUGACUAAAAUAUGGUGGGUGCUUAUAAUAGCAUGUACUCUAGAUGUCGAAGCAAAUUGGCUUCUAGUAAUGUCGCAAAGGUUUACUUCAGUGUUAAGCUGA